UUGGUAUGAAUUUAUUGUUUCAGUAAAUGCCGUUUGAUAUUAUCACUACUUAUGGAAGUCAUUGACUGUCACAAUCAGCACUCAUUUCAUUCAGUACAAAAUUCAUUAAACAAAUCUAUAUACACCUGCUCGCCAGUUUUAAUUCUUAGAUUUUUUCCUUAUUGAAUUAAAACUUAACACACUGAACAUGGUAUGUACAAAGGAAGCCAAUUUAGAUUGUGUACAACCACACAUACAUUUCAUUAUCACUGUCGUGAAUUAUUCAAACUAGAAAUGUAAGGCAAAGGUACGAGGAUCUAUUUCUGUGGAACACUUACCAACUUGCAUCUACAUGAUGCCAGGGCAAUAUAUGGACAUCUGUUCGAGAAGUGUUUGAUAGUUUCCAAAAGAUAUAUAUGCACAAAGCCAAAUCUUGAAACUGCUUAAAGAUCUCAAUUGGUUAUCAAGUAAGCUUACAAAAUUUGGAACCUGGUCUGAAAAUUCAACUAAAGGUUUUAAAUAAUGAGAUUUUGGGCCCAUUCUCACAUCAACCAUACACAAACACUCCUGUUUCAAUAUAUCAUUCAACCCAUUUGUCUCAUAUUUUAUAUUGUAUUCAUACACAUAUAAACCAGUCAUCAUGCCAAGUGUACACAAAUGAAACUACAACUGUUCAACAAUGAGAUCAUACGAUAGUGGAACACAAGAAAAAAUUUGUGUUGCACUGAUGAUAACCAGACCUACAUCAGAGGGGUAUGUGGCACUGGUGAUUACCAGACCUACGUCAGAGGGGUGUGUGGCACUGGUGAUUACCAGACCUACGUCAGAGGGGUAUGUGGCUCUGGUGAUUACCAGACCUACCUCAGAGGGGUGUGUGGCACUGGUGAUUACCAGACCUACCUCAGAGGGGUAUGUGGCUCUGGUGAUUACCAGACCUACCUCAGAGGGGUAUGUGGCUCUGGUGAUUACCAGACCUACGUCAGAGGGGUGUGUGGCACUGGUGAUUACCAGACCUACAUCAGAGGGGUGUGUGGCACUGGUGAUUACCAGACCUACCUCAGAGGGGUUUGUGGCACUGGUGAUUACCAGACCUACGUCAGAGGGGUGUGUGGCUCUGGUGAUUAACAGACCUACCUCAGUGGGGUGUGUGGCACUGGUGAUUACCAGACCUACAUCAGAGGGGUGUGUGGCAUCAUGAUUACCAGACCUACAUCAGAGGUUAAUGUGGCAUCAUUAUUACCAGACCUACAUCAGAGGUUAAUGUGGCAUCAUGAUUACCAGACCUACAUCAGAGGGGUGUGGGGCAUCAUUAUUACCAGACCUGCAUCAGAGGUUAAUGUGGCAUCAUUAUUACCAGACCUACAUCAGAGGGGAACAUCACAGUACAAAGUCUCAUGCUACUUUUAACAUUUCACUUUUAUACAAUUAUGGUAUUGUUUCUAUCAGUAUGAUUUAUAGAGCAAGACAAUAAAUAUCAACCGAGGCUGAUAUUGAUCAUCUUUGCUCUAAAAAUCAGCAUAUUGAUAGAAAUAAAUAAAAAGAGACAUACUCUUUUAAUUACAUGUCUGUAUCAAAAUGGUAUGACCCCAUGUCAUCUAAACUGCAUCUUAUGCCUUGAAAUUCACCACGACGUCAUAAAUACCACCUCACCUUUGAUAUAACGAUGUAUUGUACUCUCGUACAACUUGGUGGAAUGUGUCUGACAAAUAUGACUGGCUGAAAUCAUGACACAUCAUAGAACACCCGCACAAGCGUGCAAUACAAUGUUUUAUCACUGUCGCAGAGUGCUACCUCGUACCAAUGACGAACUCUCCAAUUAGAGGGGAAUAUCAGUAAAGCAGUCAGCAUCCUUAAACCAAUUGUCAAUUCAAGCAUGCAAGCUAUUGUGUUGACAUCAAUCCUUAUACAUACUAAAUAUUUACAGUGAACUAGGUGAAGUUCAUUUACACACAAUCACUCUAUCUUCACACACUCUUGACAUGUCAAGACUCAAUAGCUCACAGGUCAAAGGUCAAAACUUCCUCACAAACAUAACAUGAUUUAAACAUUCUGACCAAACCAAUUAAAAACAUGCAUAGGUCAGGGGUUGAAUUUUUGCACAAAUUCACAUUCCAAAAUUAGGUAUCUAAGACAGAUCAAAAUAUAAUAACAGUUCCCUAUAAUUAUACAAUGGUAACAAGAACACAAUGUAACAAUGUAAUGUCGAGUUAAAACGGACAUCACCGUGUAAAUCACUUAUAUUUCGUGUAGAUUUAAUCUGAUUUAUCUUUGCAUUAACAUGCAAGGAGAGGCAAUUGCGAAUUAAAAUCUUGUGUGAUUAUUGGUAUGAAAAUAACACCUCUGUAUGGCGGCCAAGCCAUCGGUUAUUGUCACUAAUAUAGGGGUAUUGAAGAGUCAAUGAGUCUAACGCCUAAUUAAUUCAGAAUUUAAAAGUCAUUUCUCAGUGUUCAUGAUAUCAUGUAUUCAUGAAUAUGUCUGAAGAGCUAAUUUUGUAAAAUUAAGUUUUAGCAAAAUCUAAGUGAUUCACAGUACCUAUUUCAAGUUAAUGUGUAGGUAACUACAUUUGUACAAACAUCAAGGAUAACCAGCUGGGUCAUCCCAUUCUAACUUCCAUCAGAUGACAGUGCCAACUAUCUGGUUGCCAACAGCGGGUAGUGCCACCGUUCGGGUCCCCAUUUGAUGACAAUGUCAGACUGCCACCAGAGGGUAGUGCCACCAUUCUUGUCACCAUCUGAUGCCAAUGUCACAGACUGCCACCAGAGGGUAGUGCCACCGGUCGGGUCCCCAUUUCAUGACAAUGUCACAGACUACCACCAGAGGGUAGUGCCACCAUUCUUGUCACCAUCUGAUACCAAUGUCACAGACUGCCACCAGAUGGUAGUGCCAUAUUUCAGGUCUCCAUUUGAUGACAAUGUCACAGACUGCCACCAGGGGUAAUACAACCAUUUGGAUGCCAUCUGAUGACAAUGUCAAAGACUGCAACCAGAGGGUAGUGCCACCGUUCGGGUCGCCAUCUGAUGACAAUGUCACAGACUGCCACCAGAGGGUAGUGCCACCGUUCGGGUCGCCAUCUGAUGACAAUGUCACAGACUGCCACCAGAGGGUAGUGCCACUGUUUGGGUCGCCAUCUGAUGACAAUGUCACAGACUGCCACCAGAGGGUAGUGCCACCGUUCGGGUCGCCAUCUGAUGACAAUGUCACAGACUGCCACCAGAGGGUAGUGCCACCGUUCGGGUCGCCAUCUGAUGACAAUGUCACAGACUGCCACCAGAGGGUAGUGCCACCGUUCGGGUCGCCAUCUGAUGACAAUGUCACAGACUGCCACCAGAGGGUAGUGCCACCGUUCGGGUCGCCAUCUGAUGACAAUGUCACAGACUGCCACCAGAGGGUAGUGCCACCGUUCGGGUCGCCAUCUGAUGACAAUGUCACAGACUGCCACCAGAGGGUAGUGCCACCUUUUGGGUCGCCAUCUGAUGACAAUGCAACAGACUGCCACCAGAGGGUAGUGCCACCUUUUGGGUCGCCAUCUGAUGACAACAGACUGUGCCACAAAGCUGUCUGCCACCUUACAACAGAUGUCGUUGCUUCUGAAGUACUGGAAAUGUUUUGUAUUCAAACUUUGAUUUUGAAACAUACUUAUACCCAUUAAUAUCCCUACAUAACUC